GCGCGGCCGGAGGACCGCCUGUUGGCACCUCAGGGAGCGGCGGCGAUGGAGGCGGCGGCGGCGGCGGCGGCGCCCCCCGUCUACCGCACCUACCGGCGGCGCUGGCUCGUCCUGUUCGCCACCUGUGCCCUCAGCUGCUCCAAUGCCAUGUGUUGGCUGACGUUUGCACCAGUAGCGGAUCAGACUGCCCGCUAUUUCCACAUUUCCAUGGAUCAGGUCAAUUGGUUAUCGAUGGUCUACCUCGUUGUUGGUAUUCCAUUCGGCUUUGGGUCAACAUGGAUACUGGACACACUUGGACUUAGAACUUCAUUGAUCCUGAGCUCAUGGCUGAACUUGGCUGGCUGUAUAGUGCAAUUGUUGAGUGUUGCAUUCUUCGUACCCAAAGACAGCUGGAAAUUUCCACUCCUGAUGCUGGGUCAGACUUUCGGUGCAUUCGCACAGCCUUUGGUUCUUUUUGCUCCGACAAAGUUGGCAGCUCUUUGGUUUCCAGAACAACAAAGAGCUACAGCAAACAUGAUUUCAUCAAUGGCCAAUCCGUUGGGUAUUCUCUUUGCCAACAUCCUUUCUCCACUACUGAUGAAGGAACCAUCUUCAAUGCCUGUGCUGCUGGGAGUAUAUAUAGUGCCUGCAGUGAUUGCCUCUCUUCUUACAACGUUUGGGAUUCGUGAGAAGGUGCCACCAACACCCCCUUCAGCAGGUGCUGCCAACUCUACCUCUGAGCCCUUUUUCACAGGAAUGAAGAUGUUGUUGAAGAACAAGGCUUACGUGAUCCUGAUGAUCUGUUUCGGGGGAGGAAUUGGUGUUUUUACCUCCUUCUCUGCACUCUUGCAACAGAUUGUGUGUGUCCGGGGAUACUCGAACAGUUUUGCUGGGAUCUGUGGAGCCUUGUUUAUUGUAUUUGGGAUUUUGGGUGCAUUCCUGCUUGGAUUAUACGUGGACAAAACCAGGAAUUUUAUGGAAACUACCAAAAUUAAUUUUUGUUUCACUGCUUUAGCCUGCAUUGGUUUUGCACUAGUAUCACGGAUGCAGGGUCAGGCUUUCCUCCUGGCCCUGGUAUGUUCAUUAUUUGGGUUCUUUGGCUUUUCCAUCUAUCCAGUGGGCAUGGAGCUUGGCGUGGAAUGUUCAUACCCUGUGGGCGAAGCAACAUCUGCUGGACUAAUUUUUGUCUCCGGGCAGCUCCAGGGAGCUUUAAUUAUUCUCCUUUUGCCCGCACUCGCUCAGCCAGUGACCGGCGAUGGUUCUGCGUGUCAAAUUGGAGUAGGAGCAACACUUGAUUGGACAAUUCCAACGUUGGUGAUGGCUGCUCUCUGUAGUUUGGAGGCUUGCUGCUUUGCACUCUUCUUCCAUACAGAGUACAAGCGAGUCAGUGCUGAGGACUAUGGGGAAGAGUCUUCCCUGCUUGAUGGAGGUGCAACUGAAUGAUUGCAUGUUUACCGGGACCAUCCAUUUCCAGGAGGCCAGUGGAGUAAUUAUUUUGAGGCGUUUUUAUAGAGGUGUGUUUGUAAAUAAUAUUGAACUGAUUUUUAUGGACUGUGGACACUGAAGAACACUAUAAUUCCCAAUCAAUGUAUGUUUGGCCCAGGUAAUUUUUAUCUUUGAUUUUUCUAAUUUGCUCUUUUUAACGUAUUUUCAUAUGUCUAUUUUUUAAAUGUACAGGGUAUUGCAAUUAAGCCAGAUUUUAUUUCUCUUAAUAUUUGAAAGUACCAUUUGGUUGUUGGGAAGGUGAGUGAGAAUCACCUUUGUUCACAAUGGUUAUAGUUGGUCAUUAGUUUGUAAUCUGGCUGAGGAUACUGCAACUCACAAAAGUGCCUGGUGUGCACCAGGUGAAUCUUCUGUGUUAAAAAUGAUUCCUGCACAUUCAUGAAAAACUUUUAAUAACAAAGCACCAACUCCAAGAGGCCUUAAUGGCAUAAUCGUGAAAAGUAGUGAGUUGGUCUUUGGAAACAUGCACACAAAUUAACAAGAGCCUCACUCUGAUAAAGCCCCAGAAUGUCCUGUAACAUGCAGGGUGCAAAGGGGAGAGGAGUUGUUCUAACUAGUGUUAAACCUGGCACACAGAGUGAGCACAAACUUGGGGCUCUCUCUGUGUAGAAGUGAGGAUUGGUUGGAUGUUGAAGUAGAACAGGGCUGGAUUCCUUCAAUAGAAGUAUUAUAUUGAAUACAGUCACUGAAAAAUGAUUGGGCAAGAGGUGGAAGGAGCCAGGAAAAAUAGUUCACUGCCUCUCACUUGAGGACACUACAAAAUGUUUUACAAAGAAGAAAAUACUGAGGAAUUUGAAAAUACAAAAAAAUAACGGGAAAAACUGGAAACAGUGAGGAGUCAAGCAGAAAGUGGGGAGGGAAGAGAGUAAGAGGUUUUCUUCAUUGAUUUGUAAAUUAGCUUUGAAUUCAUUGCUCAUACUUUAGCAUCUACAUUGAAGUAAUGGGAGAUUGGAAAUAUCAGCUGGGCUAAUAUUUAGUUCUGAGUCAGAGGGCUGUGGCUUCAAACAUCACUCCAGAUUCAUGGGUGGAGAAUGAAAUGAUCUUGGGGAUGGGAUGGGAAUUUUAAAGCCCUGCAUUACUUGUGAUGUUUGCAGGAUUACUCAACAGCUCCCACCAAAACCAGAUGGAUAUUUCAUUGCUGUUUGUAAAAAUUGCAACAUUCUAAGAUGGAAGCAACUGCAUGUGUAAAUAGUGUAUCAUUUGUGCACUUUAUUCAUGGUUCUGUAGAAAGACACAUUCUUUAAAAGGUUGUGGAUUAGUUUGAGGCUUUCAUUGAAUGCUGGAGAAUAAAAACCAUUGAGGUAACUCGAAGUUUUUUGGAUAUAAUUCUGGAAAGUUUGAUACUUGGAUAGAGAAUUAAAUAAGUACUGAAGGAAAGAGAAGUUCUGGGCUGUAUCGGUGGAUGUCCCAAGCCACAAGGCAAGAGGCGUUGCUGGCUCUGGUUAUUGUGGAACAACAUUGUUCAAGUGGAGCAAGUGUCUUUGGGGAGCAUUUAGACAACGGGGAUCUUUGUAUCAUAAAGUUUGGUUCAACCAUGGAAAAGGGUAACAAGCAAUCUAAAGUAGAAAUACUUAAUUGGAAGUGUGCCAUUUUAAGUGGAUUGAAAUCUGGGCCAAAGGGCCUGUUCCUGUGCUAUACUCUUCUAUGUUCUAAAAUUGAUCUGGCCGGGGUAAAUUGGAACCAAAGAUUGGCAAACACUAAUUUGCCAAUGAUGGACCUCUUAGGAAAUGAUCAGGGUAUUGUCUAGCCUAUAUUCUGACCAAGGGAAAAGGUGUAAAAACUGAACCCAGGAGGUAACUGAAGCAGAGAAAUGUAUGGAAGAUGGCAGGUUGCUAGCACAGAACACAAUUGGCCAAAUGUGGGACAAUUGGAAAGGAAGUAUAUAAUAGAAUUGAGUCAAAAAGAAAACAAGAGCAUUGACAGCUAAUUUUAAAAGAAAAUGGUCUUCUGUAGUAAAUGCUAAAUAGAACGAGGAGGUUUGGAAGUAUUUAGGUUACAAAAAAGAUACCUGCUUAUGAAAGCAGAGGUACUAAAUGAAUAAUUUCCACAAUUUAUUGAGGAAGGGAUGCUGCUAGAAUUGUAGUGAAAGAGACAGUUGUGACGGUGGAAAGACCAGAAUCGACAGGGGUUGCUGGACUGAUGUCCUGUUGAUACUGAGCCCACACAGGUUGCAUCCUAAUGGAAUCCUAGAGUUAUACAGCACAGAGAAAUGCUUGGGUACAAAAUUAAAACCCAGCCCAAGCCUGAAAUUGUGUUUUUAUUGAUUCUUGAAUCCAACAUUCAUAUUCCGGUGUGGUUGAGCUUGGGUUGGAUAGACUAGAGAUCCUGAGGGAAGAAAGUGUCGAAACUAUGGAAGUAUUGGCCACAGUCUUCCCUUCGCUCCAUGGUGGAUGGUGCUAGAGAUCUGUUGUACCUUUUCUUCAAACAUUGGCUGUAAGGUUAAACUAACAGUUGGGUUUUUGAAGGGUGACGAGGAUUGAUGAGAGUACUGAUGAGAGUAUUGUAUUUGAUGUUGUGUAUAUGGAUUUUUAGAAGGAUUUGAUAAGCUACGUAAGAUUUUCACAAAUUUGAAUUGAGCUGUUCUGUAGCUUUGUCAAACUUGGGCUACUGGUCUCAAAUUUGUAUCUUACUGGAGCUCCACAGCAGUCUUUAUCUGGGAGUGCCCGUUGCAUUAAGGUCUUUAUGCUGAAACCCCUGUGUAAUUGGAAGGUGUGAGGGAGUACUUGAAAUCUCUUCAGGGAACUUCAUGUGAGGUUUAAUAUGUAGUUUAAGGUAAGAUAAGAUAUCUUAGUCAAAUGUACAUGGAAACAGUGAAAUGCAUCAUUUUGAGUGUUCUGGGGGCAGCCCGCAAGUGUGGCCACGCUUCCGGCACCAACAUACACAGCACGCCUGUCUUUUCACUGUCAUUGAAGCUUUUUUUCACCCGUUGCACUUUUUACAACGAAUGAUUGUAGGAAUGGCAAAUAUGUCUCAGAUGAUUUAAAGAAUUAGCCCAACCUCGAUUUACUAUCAUGUGCUCACCAAGCUCCUUGUAGGUGGUAAUUUUUAGGAAGAUCAUUUAUUUAAUCCCAUCUAGACUUCAGGUUUUCCUUUGAGGCUGUUCUGUAUUCCUCGCCCUUCAUUGUGUUUAGCUGUUGAUUUAAGUAUUGAUUAGAGUUUCAUGUUCCAUUUUCACCGGGGUGGCAUGGUGCAGUAUGGAAAAUGCACAGAAUAAUAAGGAUUUGUUUCUCAUUCCCAUUUCUAUCUGAAAUUAUUUUGGAUAGUGGCUAAAAUUUUUUAAGAAUUGCAUUAGAUUACAUGACAAUGUUUCUGUGAGAUCAAUUUAGCUGUCUGUUCCCCUCCCUUCUGAUGAAUGUUGAGGCUGCCUGUCCUGUCUCUCCAGUAAAUGGUGCAGUAGCAUUACUUCAACAUGCUGUCUUCACCUUGUGUGCUGCACAUUUCUUACACUGUGUCCCUGCUCUAUAGAAACUGGUUUGGUUGCAACUUGGUACAUUGCUACGUAGGAAGGAUGUAGGAAAGCUUGUGAUCCUGGCAAUGAGGGACCUUGGUUAUGUGGAUAGCCUGGAGAAGUUGGGGUUGUUUUCUACAGAGCAGAGGAUGCUGAAAGGGGAGUUGAUAAGUGUUUAAGAACCUUCAGGAUUCUAGGCAACAUUUAUGUAAAAUGUGUCCACUGGCAGAAGGAUCAAGAGCCAGGAGUGAGCUGGAAUAAAAUCACUUAGCAAUAGACAUCUGGCAUUGACUGUCUGAAAGAAGGAUGGCAGAUUAAAUCAAUUUUUGAAGGAGAAUUGGGUAUAGCAGCUGGAAAUAAGCUGUUAGAAAUGUGGGCAGAGAAAUAGCAGAUGGAGUUUAAUCCAGACAAGUGUCAAGUGUUGACUUUCGAAGGUCAAAUGUAAGGGGAAAGUAUACAGUGAAUGGCAGGAUCCUUGGGAACUGUACAGAGGGAUCUUGGGCUCCAAGUCAUAAUUCCCUGAAAGUAACAACAUAAGUAGACAGGCUGGUAAUUAUUAACUCCCCUUUCAGCAUCAUCUGCUC